UAUUAAAAUUAUUUAUUUACAAAUUUGUUAGUUAUGCUUUAAUUUGUUAAUCUGCCUUUCCAGCUACUUACUACUAUAAUUAAAAUUGAAUUUAUUGCCCUUGAAAACUGGAUUUUCCAGUUCUUGUUAAACGAGAAACUAUGGAGGAGAAGUCAGUACUCCUCAACAGCCUUCCACCAUUUGUUUGUCUAUUUGUUUAUGUAGGCAACCAUUGAACAUACUCCCCAACAGCCUUCCAUCAUUCAUCGUUCCAUGUUUACUUCCAAAACUCCCCAUUUUUUCAAAGUCAUUCUUCAGGAAACUCUAACUCAUGGGAGACUUGGGAUUCCUAGAAAUUUUGUGAGAAAAUAUGGAAACCAACUCUCAAGCCCUGUUAAGCUUGAGGUCCCCUACAGCUCCAGUGAACUUAAAGACUCAAAGCUCAAAACACAAAAGAACAUCGAUUUCCAAUAUUCAACAAAGGAACUUAGGGGUGAAUUCAGAUGUUCAGCAAAACAUGAUAAUGGAGGGGUUUCAGGUGAUUGGGGAUGUCUGAAACCUGACCUUUUGGGCAAGAUGCAACCAUUGACUCCAACUGAGAAACAAAGAGCUGCUGAUAUUGCAAGUUGGUCUUCCUCAAGAUUAGUGAGUGGAAAAAGUAAAGAGAAAUCACAUUUGCCAUGUCCUCUGCCUCAGAAGAAAAUGAGAAUCGAUUCUCCUAAUCAACAUGGACAAAAUUCAAAGUUAGAGGUUUUAUCUUCAGGCAUUAGCUCUGAUGUUCAGAGAAGUGUGACAACUGAGGCUUUAAGUUGUGUGCAACGGCUGGCAGCCAUUGCAAAGGCGCAUGCUGUUCAGAUAGCUAGUGCUUUUAAAAGUACUGAAAACCCAGUUUUUAUGGUAGUCAUGCGACCAUCAUACGUUCUUGGUAAAUGCAGAAUGUUUAUACCAUCGGACUUCGCUAGGAAAUUUUUGACAAUGUGCAAGUGUAAUCUGACCUUGUGCAAUUCCACUGGGAAAACUUGGCAUGCCAAGUUCUUUAGAUAUCCAGAAAAUAAAAAACCAAAUGCACACCUCUAAGGUGGGUGGUGUGAAUUUGUGGAAGAUAAUCAUCUUAAUGUUGGUGACAUUUGUGUUUUUGAGCUAAUUAAGCAUCCUGUAAUCUUAAUGAAAGUGCAAACCUAUCCGGUUGUCAAAAAUGCAAGCAAGGCC